CAAGGGGGAGGUGCGGGUGGGUAGAAGGGACAGGUCUGGGCAGCGCUCGGGGGUUGGUGCCAGUUCCCUCAUCCAUUCAAGCGGCAGUACGCACUUGACCUAGCAGUUCUCGCCGGCGGAGCUAACUGGAUUUUCUGCGGUCCCGCAUCCAAAGCUCAUCUGCAAACGUCCUGGCAUCCGUCUUCAUCAUGCCUAGCCUUUGGGAUCGCUUCUCAUCGUCGUCCUCUUCAUCGUCGUCCUUGUCCAGAACUCCCACCUCGGAUCAGCCGCCGCGCUCAGCCUGGGGGUCGGCGGCCCGAGAAGAGGGUCUUGGCCGGUGCGCGAGCCUGGAGAGCUCGGACUGCGAGUCCCUGGACAGCAGCAACAGUGGCUUUGGGCCGGAGGAAGACUCGACAUACCUGGACGGGGUGUCCUUGCCCGACUUCGAGCUGCUCAGCGACCCUGAGGAUGAGCACUUGUGUGCCAGCCUGAUGCAGUUGCUGCAGGAGAGCCUGUCCCAGGCGCGGCUGGGCUCGCGGCGCCCCGCGCGCCUGCUGAUGCCAGGCCAGCUGGUGAGCCAGGUGGGCAAGGAACUGCUGCGCCUGGCCUACAGCGAGCCGUGCGGCCUGCGGGGGGCGCUGCUGGACGUCUGCGUCGAGCAAGGCAAGAGCUGCCACAGCGUCGGGCAACUGGCCCUCGACCCCAGCCUGGUGCCUACCUUCCAGCUGACCCUCGUGCUGCGCCUGGACUCACGCCUCUGGCCUAAGAUCCAGGGGCUGUUCAGCUCCGCCAACUCUCCCUUCGUGCCGGGCUUCAGCCAGUCACUAACGCUGAGCACGGGCUUCCGAGUCAUCAAGAAAAAGCUGUACAGCUCGGAGCAGCUGCUCAUUGAGGAGUGUUGAACUCGGGCCUUUGGGGGGGUGGGGGGGAGCGACCCUGCCCCCAUGACAGAAAGACAGCUGAACUUUUUGAGGUGGACCCUGGCAGGCAGGAGCUGAGGGACUGAAGCCUGUCCUUGGAAAACUGACAGCAGCCACCUGAAGGGGAGGAAGGUUGAGGUGUGGUGGGGACAUUGCGUUUCCAUGGAGGCUGCUCUGAGGCGAGCAGGUGGCUCCCGGCCCCUCAGUACUGUAGCAUGAAACAAAGGCUCAGGGGCCAACCGGGCCCCUGGCUGGAUGUGUAUGUAGCAUGUACUUUACCAUUUUUAUUGUUACUGACAGUUAAGACAACAGUGGUGUGACAGAGCCAGGAGAGCGGCUGGGCUGCACUGGCCUCUGCAGGGUUGGGGGGAGGGGAGUGUGCUCCUGGUAAAGGCCCUGGUGGGGGGGGGGGGAGGUCAAGGUGGUUUGUGUACUCACGGUCUGAAGGGGCCAAAUGUGUUUUUGGUUUUUGUAGCUUUUGGUUGUUUUGUUGUUGUUGUUUGGGUUUUUUUGUUGUUUGGUUGGGGUUUUUUUUGUUUUUUUUUUUGAUCGGAGCUUCACUACUGACCUGUCCUAGGCAGCUAUCUUACAGACGCAUGAAUGUAAGGAGGAAGGGGUGGUGUGGGGAUCACUUGGGGAUCUUGGACACCUGAAGAAAAACUACAACUGGGAGCUGCGUUUGCCCAUCCCCUGCUGUGUACUGAGGAGUGGAGCUGUGAGGGGAUAGGGUGGGAUUGGGGUUGGGGGCUGGAACCCCUCCCCCUAAGGAGUGCCAUCUGGGUCUUCCAUCUAGAACUGUUUACAUGAAGAUACCCGCUGUUCAUGAAUACACUUGAUGUUCAAGUAUUAAGACCUAUGCAAUAUUUUUUACUUUUCUAAUAAAAAAAAUGUUUGUUAAAA